CCACCUCCCUCCCCACACACCCGCCCCCGGAUCACAUCUAGAUCAACAAACAUGGCUGACGCUUAUCUCUGGCAACCUUUCCUCAUCCUCCUCCUCCUCCUCGCCCCGGAGGCGGCGGUGUGAUCUCCCCGCUCGGCCGCAAGACAUGGACAGCAGCGGAGGCGACAACAGCCCAUCGCUGAGCGAGAGCGCGGGCUCCAGCUCCUGGAGGAGGUCUUGGGACAACAGUAGCACUCUGUCUGCACUCAACAUCGGAAGCGGUUCAGAACUAGAUGGUGGUGACGAAGAUAAGGAAAUUGCAUCCAAAGCAGUGGCAUUCGUUGUUAAGAGUUCCCGGAAAGGCGUGGUCCCACUUUGCGCUGACGUUGCCAAUCUGCUGAAGAUCAAGUGGAGGUUGGAGCGGACCAUAAAGGCUCAGCAGCUGGAGAUUCAUCGCUUGCUCAGCAGCUCAGGGGCACACUGCAACCUCACUGCAACCAGCACUCAGACGGACUUCACUGGCCCUCGCCGCUCACACCCCUGCUCAGACGGUCAGCCUGACACACAGACAAUAGAACUCUCAGAGUGUAAAGAAGAACAGCAGUUUGCGUUCCGGGAAUCUCCCAGGAUACUGCACCAAGCAAGGCAGGAAGUGUUAGCGAGACCGGUGUCUGCAUCGCGGAGCGUGGAGUCACCCCAGGAACCAAUCCCGAGCCACAAGACGACCAUAUCCCGAGAGGUCCAAGUGGAAUGUCCGAAGAUGCUCAUGCAGAAGAGAUGUGAGGAGCAACUAAUGGAAACACUGCUGUUAAACUCCAGGCUGACGGAAGAUUUGGGUAACGCGUGGCGGCAGAUCGAACUACUACGUGAUCGUCUGAAGAGGAAGAGUGAGAAACACCAACCGGAGAUUGUGUCCAUGGGGAAGACACACCAUGAAAGGGGCCACAGGCAGGAACCUGCGUCGUGUGUCACGGACCCAUUCCCCACUGGUUGCGGAUGUGUUACUCAGGCCCUUUGUCAGGUGACGGGGCUGGAGGGUUGCGAGGAAAACCAAUGCUUCAGAGUGAAGGCAAAUGAAGCUGAGCUGAUCAGGGCGAGGAAACCCUCGAUGGACUGUACAGUUCCAGUUAUGGAAGGCCAGUUACAACCCGGGUCCCACUGCAAUGUACCAAAGCCCAGAAGUCCUGAUUUUCUGGUCGAUGCCACUCUAAGUUCCUCUGUCUUCCCUUUCCCUAUGGUCGGAUGCCAGUGCUCCAGCUGUGUCUCCUUCUUCAGUAACUACAAGCCGACCAACCGUCGGAACGGCCAUGACAAGGAGAUCAAACCGCUGCUGCACUUUCAGAGACAGAAACUUCCUAUCAGCGUGAACGAUUACGUGAUUGUGAACGGCAACAAGUCAGGCACCGCGCGCUACGUUGGCCAUUUGGACAACUCGGGAAUGGCCAAUGCUGUCUUUGUUGGUGUUGAGCUGGAUGAACCUAGUGGAAAGCAUGACGGCAUAUUUGAAGGGAAGCGAUACUUUCAGUGUUACGAGAACUUUGCCAUAUUUGUUCCUGUGCAUGAAAUAUUCUACGUUAUAAAUAGAAAGCCAAAGAAAUCCAUUUCGCCUCCAGGCCUGAGGUCAGCACAACAUCGGUAUUCUCUUGGAUCCCUCAGUAACCUGGCAAACAACACGGGUGGUCGAGGGGAGUACAGUCACCCCACCAGGAAGAAAAAGCUGCACUCGCCCAAGGAUCCCAACCCAACUAGGAGAAUCUUGAGGAGGUCCGUCACCUCCAGCUCCUCCAGGAUGUCUGACGGAGCUGUGCACCCUUCUCAGGAAGAAUGGAGUGACAGUAACGAGAGGACAGAGAGAGCACCAGUCUCCCCCUCACAGCCAAAAAUGAACACCCGGACUUUCACCAUCACCGCCAGUCUACCUCCCGACUUCAGCCUUCACCAUGCACCAAACAGAGCCAGCCCCAGGAAGGUCGUGAGGCGUUGAUGAUGCAUAAAGAGUACCAGAGAGGAGAGUGGUCAGACUGAAGGGAAUAGUUCCAAUGAACAGAAGAUUCUUGGAGUCCGGGUUCCCCAAUGGCCGGUCGAUUACCUUGUAUUUUUAGCGACACUGAACCAGACUUGCACCUUGUUGACCAUGGGCUUGCUGUUGGGGGCCCAGCAAAUAGCUUUAGAGAAGAUGCACUGACAAUACCGAGACUGAUUGAAUUCAGGACUGGGUAGCGCCGAUAGCCUCACUGUCUCAGUUUACUGUAGCAUUUAAUACUGCUGGUACGUACCUGUACUAAAUAAAACCUGCACUGAAACCAGA